CCGGCCGGCCGGCUGGGCGAGGAAGGCGGAGCAGGGGCCAGCGAGCCUCUUCUUCCUGCGCGACCUGCAGACAGAAGCUUCUCCGCAGCGCGGCUGGCAGGAGCGGGCGGGCGGGCGGGCGCUAAGGCAGCGCAGCCGCGAGGUCGGGCCGGCGGCGGCGGCUGCUGAUUGAGGGAAACGUGAGCCGAGCGAGCGGGGCUGCCUGCAUCACUGCAGUGCUCUCACUGCGGAAAGAGCGGGGGACGGAGCGAGGCGGCGGCCGCGGGAAGGCAGGCAGGCAGGCAGGCAGGCAGGCUUCCCGAUCGACCAGAAGCAAACGGCCCCGCCGCUUUCGGGCCGAGGCAACCCCGUGAGCCCGCGCAUCUCCGGCCUUCCGCCCGCCGCAGGAGAGGAGGCAAAGCCGCCGCCGCCGCCGCGGCCUCUCUUGGGUACCAGUCGCGCCCGGGCGCAGGUUAGCAUCCCGCUCCGCCUCGGGGCCGCCAGGAAACCGGCCGGGCGCUCCCCCUCCGUGCCUUCCGGGCUACGGGACGCAUCGGCUAAGCCGGAGGACGCGGCGUCCGCUCCCCGCGCACCUGCUCCUCGGCCGAACCGCUGGAGCGGCGCCAGCUUGCUGGGGAGCCAGCCGCGGAGGAUGAGUGGGGCUCCCGGAUAGCCGGGAGGAAACCAUCGGAGGGGUCUGAAGGGCCAAGCCGGUUCCAAGUGAAGAAGGGGCAGCUCUCCCAGAGCAAACCCUCUGCCUGGCACCUCAGCAGGAUCUGCCUCACCUGGGGGCCUUUUCCUGGGACCUGAUCUUCAGGAAAGAGCUUCGAGAAAGGUGCACGUCAGAGCUCAGGAAUUUGCAAAACACAUUCUUGAGCGUUGUUAGGAUCUCCCCACAUAUAAACAGGAACCAAGGCGCAAGGGGAGGGAGCGCUCAGGCCUCCCCCGGACACUCCAACCGCAUUCCAUCCACUCCUCUUCACCCGAGUGGGCUCAGCCACACCAGCCGACUCUCCCCCCAGCCUCCUUCCCUUGCUGUUCGGCCAGCCAAGCGCCCUCCCUGGGAACUCGGCCCAACGCCCUGCUGCCCAAGAGAACUGGAUCCGUGGGCAUUAAAAAAAACGGGUGUGAAUAUCGCCCCUGGCCUUGCUCUUGCCCAGAAAGCGUGGAAGGCCCAGGCCGCAGCCAUUUUGGCAGCCCUGCUGCAGGAUGCGUCUCUGCCCUGCUGUCCCCCUCCAGCGCUGCCCCUUCAUGGUCCGUGCCCGGUUUAAAGCCCGGCUUGCCCCAAGCCCCAUCUAGCCUCAUGCAGGAGGCCCUCGGGGGACACAGAGCCGCGGACAGGAAGGUGAAGAGCCUCCUCAUGUCAUGUCUGAAAGGGCAGCAGGUCAUCAUCAAAAUGGAGGCCAUGAAGAUCAUCCACCCUGAAAAGUUCUCUGAGCUGCAGAGCUCCCAGUCACGCUACGUCCCGGCCCCCCGCCGGGACCCUCCCCUGGUCGCCAAGCGGGCCUGGCCCUCGGAAUCCGAGAUCAUCGUUAACCAGGCUUGCGGUGACAUCCCAGCCUUAGACCACAACCCGGGGUCUCUGGGGCUGUCCCGGACCCCGCCCCUGCCCCGGCGGGAACGGCUAUAUCCAGGGCAGCGCAAGGGCAGCUCUGACAUCUGCUACCACCGCCAAGCCCCGGCCUCCGACGAGGUGAUCGUCAACCAGUACGUGCUGCACCCCUCCACUCCGUCCGAGCCCCUGGAGUGCCCCACCUGCGGCCACACCUACAACUUCACCAACAAGCGUCCGCGCAUCCUCUCCUGCCUGCACUCGGUGUGCGAGGAAUGCCUGCAGAUCCUCUACGAGUCCUGCCCCAAGUACAAGUUCAUCUCCUGCCCCACAUGCAAGAGGGAGACGGUGCUCUUCACCGACUACGGAUUGGCUGCCCUGGCGGUCAACACCAGCAUCCUCAACAGGCUGCCGGCCGAAGCGCUCUCGGCCAACCAGGCGCAGUGGAGCAGCGAGACCGACCGCAGCUGCUAUCAGACUUUCCGCCAGUACUGUGGGGCGGCCUGCACCUGCCACGUCCGGAACCCGCUCUCUUCGUGCGCUAUCAUGUAAGCUGUGUGUCCAUCCCUGCCCCGUUCUGCCCACAGUCUUUCACCGGCCUCGGCAGUGGGAUUGCGUGAGGGAGAAAAGGGUGGCUUCCGCAGGUCCUGGGAGAUGCCCAGGAUGACCAGACUGGCCCUCCGGGAUCAAAAACCACCUGGCUGCAGACACCCCUUGAGUUGGGAUGGCUGCUGCUUUAUGGAAAGGAAGUAAUCUUGGGGGUCACUCCUGGUUGGGAGGGCCUGCUCCCGGGUGUGGAUGUUGGAAGAGCCACCAGGAAACGUUGUGGACAUCUGACCGCCCACUGCCAUCCCCUUCCAUUCGCCUCCCCUUCCUUUCUGCAUCCCGAGAGACCCCAAGCCAUGCUUGGCUUGGCUUGGAUCUUCAAGGGUUGGAUGUGAUCUCUUUCCUUUCAGCUCAUGGCUUAGUCCCGGCGGGGGAGAAUAGGGCAGUUGUUGGGAGAAGACAAGCCAAGGCAGGACCCUGGAACAAUACAGAAACGAUGCCAGGCGGGGCCUGUGCUGGAAAACAAGGCAGACGCCAGUUUUAAGUUAUUUGCCAAAGCUUCUGAUUCUGCGGCCAAGCGUUGUAAAUUCACUCCGUGCUGCCAAUUGAAGUCCAGUUGCAAACAGGAAUUCCUAAAGAAUCGCCCCGUUUUCCUGAUGCAAAUUCUUAAGGGAAGUGGAAAACAAAUGUACAGUUUUAAUCCUCGUUUUGGAGGAUGCGUUCCUCAGCACUGUUUCAGAAAUGCAUCUUAUUUGGGGGCUUGCUGCUGAAUAAAACGGACUGAGAACGCAGUGAUCUUUGGGUUGCGUCUCCUGGGGCAAAGGGAAAGGUGUGCCCCUGGCAAUGGAAGCUCUAGGCGUGGCAAGCAGCAGCGCCCUCCCACCUGUGACACUGAACCUCCUCUAGGAAAAGGAAGGUGCUCUUUUCCGUCUAGGGCAGUUUCAGAAGCGGCCACGGUGUGGGUCACUCCCCAGCUGUAGCCAGGCCCUGGUAACAGCCUUUGUGUCUAAAGACCCCUCAGUCCAUGAAAAAGACCUUCCCGACUGAAGGGGCAAAGAGAGGGCGGCCGAUGCAGUUUGAUCCCUGGAAUGCCAUGACACAGGCUGGUCUGGGAGGAAGUGCCAGUCUAGCAAAACGUUCUGUGCCAAGCUAGAAAAAAAAAAAAAAAGCCAUAUCUUGAUUUGAGUCCAACCCGCACCAGAGGCCAGGCUCAGAGAAAAGGGCAUUUCUUGGUGACCCAUCUCUUGAGGUUCAGCCCCACAUGCCUCUGGGUCCAGGAGAGCUGAGAUUUACAAUCACGUUCAGCUGCCCUGUGGGUCUUUCUAGAAGUAAACCAGGAAGGCUGGCCAUGACUGGCAGUAGGUCACAAAGGGGCAUCCCUCGGUCGAGCCGGGUUCAAAAUCUGGAGAACCCGCAGCACAAGGAGGGCUGGGAGCAAGGCCGGCUGGGAGCCCAACAAAUCCUCCAAAGAGGGACGUUGACUCUUGCCAGCCAGGGAUGCCCACAUCGGCCAAAGGGCAGAGCUGCCUUAGCCAGGCUUUUCUCGGCUUCACUUCUGCAGAAGGGUGCAGAGGACGGGGAGCCAAGACCCCUGGACCCAUCUCGAGGGAUGAGUUGAGGAAGGCAAAGUUCCUCGGUGGCGGCCUGGGCAUUUCCCGUCCAACCUCCCAGGGACACCUUGGCUCAGGAAAGGUCUGGGAUUGGUUUGGCCGAAGGCCCAGAGCCGCUUGUCCCUCAGGUAGGUUGUCGAGCUUUGCCCAAAGCCCAGAUGGACAGGAGAGGGAAAGGGGGAGCUGCAACCAUCAACCCAGAAAACAAGAUGGCUGAUGAAGAAGAUCCUGUUUUAUACCUGGUGGUCUCGUUAACCCUCAGCCAAAUCUAAAUAAAGGAUGCUCCUGAACCAAAA